GGUUGCUCUAAAUUGCUCCCACCACCAACAAAAAUGGCGCCAAACGUCCUCUGCCUCCCGGGGAAUGUUUCCGCAUUUCGCGUGACUCUCGCUUUCCUCCUCCUAAUUUCCCUUCUUCUGCACCCAAUCAGCGCCGGCCACGACUACCAUGACGCCCUCCGCAAGAGCAUCCUAUUCUUCGAAGGCCAACGCUCCGGAAAGCUCCCCCCAGAUCAACGAUUGAAAUGGCGCCGCGACUCUGCAUUGCACGACGGAUCCACCGCCGGAGUGGACUUAACGGGCGGGUACUACGACGCCGGAGACAACAUUAAGUUCGGGUUCCCGAUGGCCUUCACGACGACGUUGCUUGCUUGGAGCGUCAUAGACUUCGGUCGAACCAUGGGCCCGGAGCUGAAGAACACGGUUGGGGCCGUGAAGUGGGGCACCGACUAUCUCCUCAAGGCGACGGCGGUGCCCGACGUCGUUUUCGUCCAGGUCGGGGAUCCGUACUCUGACCACAACUGCUGGGAGAGGCCCGAGGACAUGGACACGUCUCGCGCGGUGUACAAGAUCGAUAAGAACCAUCCGGGAUCUGACGUGGCAGGUGAAACUGCCGCUGCGCUUGCCGCGGCGUCCAUCGUGUUCAGGUCACGUGACCCCGCCUACUCUAGAUUGCUCCUCAAUCGAGCCGUUAGGGUGUUCGAGUUUGCUGACAGGCACCGGGGUGCGUACAGCGCCAGCCUGCGCUCUGCCGUGUGCCCUUUUUACUGCGACGUGAACGGUUUCCAGGACGAGUUGCUUUGGGGAGCAGCGUGGUUGCACAAGGCAUCGAGGAGGCGCGUUUACCGAGAAUACAUAGUGAAGAACGAGGUGGUGUUGAGGGCAGGGGAUACUAUUAACGAGUUUGGUUGGGAUAACAAGCAUGCUGGGAUUAACAUCCUCAUUUCCAAGGAAGUGCUGAUGGGAAAAGCAGAUUAUUUCCAAUCUUUCAAGCAAAAUGCAGAUGAGUUUAUAUGUUCCAUAUUGCCCGGACUUUCUCAUCCUCAAGUCCAAUAUUCUCCAGGUGGGUUGAUCUUCAAACCUGGAGGCAGUAACAUGCAGCAUGUAACCUCACUUUCAUUCCUACUUUUGGCUUAUUCCAACUAUCUAAGCCAUGCCAACAAAGUCGUGCCCUGUGGCCAGACUUCAGCCUCCCCUGCUUUCCUCAAACAGUUGGCUAAACGUCAGGUGGACUACAUACUUGGUGAUAAUCCGUUGAUGAUGUCGUACAUGGUUGGAUACGGUGCGCGCUACCCGCAGAGGAUACACCACCGGGGCAGCUCACUGCCAUCGGUUCAGGUCCACCCGGCCCACAUUGGUUGCAAAGCCGGCUCUCGAUAUUUCUUGAGUCCAAAUCCGAACCCGAAUUUGCUGGUGGGAGCGGUGGUGGGGGGUCCCAAUAGCUCAGAUGCGUUUCCAGACUCGAGGCCCUUCUUCCAAGAAUCAGAGCCCACAACGUACAUCAAUGCGCCGUUGGUGGGCCUACUUGCAUAUUUUUCAGCCCACUAUUGAUUUGAGCAGCAAGCAAAUGUAAAUGAGAAUGUUGUAGUGGUGCGCUAAGGUCACCCACCCCUACCUACCUACCCCAUUUAGUCUGAAACAUUCUAAUUGUUCCCAAGAAAUACCCAAUCAACGAGGAAACAACAAAGUUGCAUUUAAAGUUGUACCCAAGGGGUAAAAAACAAAAAAAGCAGCUUUUUUGUCAUGUUGCAUUUCAAACUAUAAGUUUGUCUAAUGGCAUGUUUAUUAAUUCCUAAUUAAAUUAGGAGCAAUUGAAUUGAUGAGGAGUUAGAUUGAGAUUAA